UUUCAGUUAUCCGUUUUGGCCGCACCAGUAUACUUCCAUGAAUCUGAAAAAUUUCUAAAUUGCGUAAAUCUUUAAUUUCUUAGUUGCUUCGAGGCUAUCCUUGAAAAACUUUAUUAACACCAUGCAUUUGAUGUGCGAGCGAUUGUCGUCGAUUUUCGCGGGCGUCUUAGUGGGCUUGUGGUACGCCAAGACCUUUCCCGAGGACGAUAAGGGCAAGGAUAAGGGCAAGGAAAAGAAGAAGUAGAGUACUUUUACCCCAACCCAAAAAACCUCUGCAGAAAUUGGAAUCUCAAU